AACCAACUUUAAGUUUCAGACGUACGUUGAGAAGCUACAUGUAAAGACGGUGUUAUCAGACAACAAAGCACUUCCUAAAGCGUGGAAAUAUUAAAUAAUACGUCAAAAGUGCGCUAUUUUCAGAAAUGGCCACCCCUUCGGGGCUUUCUGUGGAGGGCAUGCCAAAGCUACCCGUUCUACCUCCAAUAGAGAAACUGCGGGGGGACUUGGAGCGCUCCAUCAUUGCACAAAAUGAGAUGGAGGAAGAACUGAGGAAGAGGACUGCGGCUCACAGGAAGCUAGUGAGACGCAGGAGUGAAAUGCAACACAAACAAUUUAAUAUGACAUUGGUCUCCAGAGCAAUGGAAGAUCGCAGAAAGACCAAAGAGAGGGAACCUAUGCAUGUUCAUUCACCAGUGCCCUGGAUGCCACCCGCAAUGAAUUACAGAUUCAUGAAGCGCUGUGUCGAGAGCCGGCCCUUCCCUCCAAUCCAGCAACAGUGGAUAGACUCGGUGGUCUCCCGAAUCCCCCCCGAACUGAGAGAGAGCCCUGAGGCAAAUGAACUCCUGCAGAAGCUUUGUGUGGAGGUCACCGAGGAGUUCCGCAGCGUGGUUGUCAAGCACACAGUGGACUCAGUGUUGAAGAAUCCUGACAGAAAAGAGCAGAUCUCCGAAGGGCCGAAAUAUAGCCAACCAAAAAGUCUUGAUUGCGUCCAGCUUUGCCAUUGCGCCUUCACAAAAAGACGCAGAAUGAUACAAAAAAAACUCCACAUCCUGCACCCUGUGAUGCAAACUAUAUUGGAUAUUAGCUACACAGCAUUUACCCACACGGUUAUAUUUGAACCACAUAGAGCUGUCGAAACUGUGGAUUGGAAAAGCCUACGGAGGAGUGCAGCCGUGGAGUGCAGGAAGAAAGAAGCUCACAUCAUGAAUACCUGGUUUCCCCAAAUCAUUCACUUAUUGACGGAUAAGGAAAAUUUAGACACAAUUAAAGAGGAGAAGCUGGAUUCGUUUUACAACUGUGCAUCCACCCUCUUGUCCAAUCAGUUGAAGUCCCUGCUUCAGCAAAGUGUAAAAACGUUUGUCAGUGUGUUCGACUCAAGCGAUCAGCCCUGCUUGCUGGUCUUUCGCAUGGAUUUGACAUUCGAUGAUGAAAAGAUGGACAUUUACCCAACCCCCCAAGAUUUAGAAGCUUGUAUUUUACAGAUCCUCGCCUCCAUAACAAACACCAUGCAGAGAGUGCCGACUGUGGAGUCUUGGUUGGCCCAAACUUCAUCUUCAUUUGUGGAUGCCAGCGUGCCCGAUGAGAUGCUCGUCUGGGCUCGGGUCACUGUGGGAAAUGCUGUGCGCAAACACUUGGAGGGAGUUGACGAACAUUUCAAAAGCUAUGUUAAAAGCUACGACUGGCUUGUGAAUGGCACCGCACAGAGUCAAAUGGACACGUUUUUGGAAGAGGAGCACUCUUUUGAUGAGUAUACUAAACAAGUGGAGAAGUUUCACAUGCUCGCAAAGGAGAUCGCCUUGCUCCCAUCAAAAGUCUACUUCCCCAUGGUCCAUCUGGAGUGCGAGGAGCUGAAGCAAGGCCUAUCUGAUAAAGCCAAAAUGUUUGCUGACCUUCUUCUGAAAACACUGGUCACCAAACACCGAGAGCAAAAUCAACUGAUCUGCUCUGAAUUCGAAACCAUCAACAACAAAGCUCUGGAAGUUCCGGAAAACACAGAUGCCAUUGCCCAGAUGGUGGACUACAUUAAUUUCACCAAGACGAAGGGUGUUAAGGUCCUCGAUGAGAAAAUACAGGAAGCGAGCACCAGACUUUUGUACCUUUUGGAUGUCUACUUCAUGGAACCAGAGGAUUUGGAGCUUAACUCUACAGUUUUUCUCUGGCCAAAAAAUAUACUUAAUGCAUUUGAGCUCAACAACGAGGUUUUGCAGAGUGCCAAGCAGAAAGGAGAGAAAGAGCUGAUUGCGAAAAGGGAAAAAUUAAUGGUUGAGCUUGAAAGGUUGGCACAAAUGACGGAGCAGUUAGUGAAUUGCUCUCACCUGGAUAUGUUGCAGCAGUAUUUUGCAAAGGUACGAAUGAUGCAGAAACUUCUUCGGGAAGCUGAGGAGGCUGUCGUCCUCAUUAAUAAGGAAGAAGCCUUCUACAACUGGGAUCAAACGUCUUACCCAGAGGUCGAGGCCAUUAAGGAUAACAUUGAACCAUACCACAAACUGUUUGGAUUCAUCCUUAAGUGGCAGCACACAGAAAGCAGGUGGUUGGAUGGCUCUUUCUUGGAUCUAAAUGGGGAGACCAUGGAAACUCAAGUGGAUGAGUUUUAUAGGGAGAUCUUCAAGCUGUUAAAGUUCUUCCAGCAGAAGCAGAAUAAGGCUGCGCAAGAGAAGGAAAAGAUGUCCGGCAUAACGAGGGAAAAGUCUGCGGAGGAUCCGAGAAAGCAGGAGAACUCAACAGUAGCUUUGUGUUCCGCUGCGAUGGAACAGAUCAAAACGUUCAAGGAGUAUGUCCCUGUUGUGUCUGUCUUGUGCAACCCAGGUAUCAGAGCCCGUCACUGGGACAAGAUGUCUAACAUAGUUGGGCAUGACCUAACCCCUAACUCUGGCACAACGCUACGCAAAGUUUUAAAGCAAAACCUGGCGCCUUACCUGAAUGAGUUCGAGUCUAUCAGUGCUGCUGCUAGCAAGGAGUUUUCUCUGGAGAAGGCCAUGCAAACCAUGAUGCAAGGUUGGGACAUCAUUUCCUUCAACCAUCAGCCUUACAGGGAGACCGGUGUUUCCAUUUUGACUGCCUUGGACGAUGUCCAGACAUUGCUGGACGACCAGAUCGUGAAGACUCAAACAAUGAGGGGCUCGCCUUUCAUCAAGCCGUUUGAGACGCAAAUCAAGGAAUGGGAGGAGCGCCUGCUCCGCAUUCAGGGAAUCAUUGAUGAGUGGCUGAAGGUGCAGGCCCAGUGGCUGUACCUGGAGCCCAUCUUUUCAUCUCAGGACAUCAUGCAGCAGAUUCCAGAGGAAGGAAGGCUUUUCCAAAUUGUAGACAGAAACUGGAAAGAAGUCAUGAGGCACUGUGUAAAAGACCCUAAGAUUCUGCCAGCGACCUCGCUUCCUGGUUUGCUAGAGAAGCUGCAAGAUUCCAACACGCUCCUCGAUACCAUUAUGAAAGGCUUGAAUGCUUACCUGGAGAAGAAACGGCUCUUUUUCCCACGGUUCUUCUUUCUAUCAAAUGACGAAAUGCUGGAGAUUCUCUCUGAGACCAAGGAUCCACUCUUGGUUCAGCCUCAUCUGAAAAAGUGCUUUGAGGGUAUUUCCAAAUUGGACUUCUUACCCAAUCUGGAUAUCCAGGCAAUGUACAGCGGCGAAGGCGAGCGCGUUGAGCUAAUCCAACGCAUCUCCACGUCUGAAGCCAAAGGAGCCGUGGAGAAGUGGCUCAUUCAGGUGGAGGAUGUGAUGAUUCGCAGUGUCAGAGAUGUGAUAGCCCGGUCAAGAUUGGCCUACGCUGAGACGCCACGGAAGCAGUGGGUCACAGAGUGGCCUGGACAGGUUGUUAUUUGCACCUCGCAGAUUUUUUGGACUCUGGAGGUGCACGAGGCCAUCAGAGCAGGGACGGAUGGUAUAAAAAACUAUUAUCAACAACUGAAGGAUCAGCUGAAUGACAUCAUAAAAUUGGUGAGAGGAAAACUUGCCAAGCAAACCCGGAUCACUUUGGGAGCACUGGUCACAAUUGAUGUCCAUGCCCGGGAUGUUGUCAUGGAGCUCAUAGAGAAAGGUGUUUCCCAUGAAACUGACUUUCAGUGGCUAGCGCAGCUUCGUUACUACUGGAGCAAUGACAACGUUCGCGUUCGCAUAAUCAACUGUGACGUUAAAUACGCCUACGAGUACCUGGGGAACUCGCCGCGUCUGGUCAUCACUCCUCUGACUGACAGAUGCUACCGAACUCUGAUCGGAGCUUUCUACCUGAAUUUGGGCGGAGCACCUGAGGGUCCAGCUGGUACAGGAAAGACUGAAACCACCAAGGAUUUAGCCAAAGCACUUGCUGUGCAGUGUGUGGUCUUUAACUGCUCAGAUGGACUGGAUUAUCUCGCCAUGGGAAAAUUCUUUAAAGGUCUAGCCUCAUCUGGAGCUUGGGCGUGCUUUGACGAAUUCAACCGUAUUGAGCUGGAGGUGCUGUCCGUAGUGGCCCAGCAGGUUCUGUGUAUUCAGAGGGCCAUAGAACUGAAGCUGGAGUACUUUGACUUUGAAGGAACUACGCUCAAGCUGAAUCCCAACUGCUUUGUUUCCAUAACCAUGAACCCCGGCUACGCAGGACGCUCAGAACUUCCAGACAACCUCAAGGUGUUGUUCCGAACCGUGGCCAUGAUGGUCCCUAACUACGCGCUGAUUGCGGAGAUCUCUCUGUAUUCGUACGGCUUCCUCAAUGCCAAACCACUAUCGGUAAAGAUCGUGAUGACCUACAGGCUUUGUUCGGAGCAGCUCUCCUCCCAGUUUCACUACGACUACGGCAUGAGGGCCGUCAAAGCAGUGCUGGUGGCUGCAGGCAACCUCAAGCUCAAGUAUCCCGAUGAGAAUGAGGACAUUCUGCUACUGAGAUCCAUAAAGGAUGUUAAUGAGCCCAAGUUUCUGUCCCAUGAUAUUCCUCUGUUCAACGGGAUCACCAGCGAUCUUUUCCCGGGCAUCUCCCUCCCUGAGGCUGACUAUCAGCUCUUCUUAGAGACCGCUGAAGAGAGCUGUAAAAGUCAUAACGUGCAGCCAACCGAAGUCUUCUUGCAAAAGAUGAUCCAGACAUACGAGAUGAUGAUAGUUAGGCAUGGGUUUAUGCUGGUGGGGGAGCCUUUUGCUGGAAAGACAAAAGUUCUGCACGUUUUAGCGGACACUCUGUGCCUGAUGAAUAAGAACGGAUACGGAGGAGAAGAGAAGGUCAUCUUCAGGACGUUAAAUCCAAAGUCCAUUACUAUGGGACAGCUCUUUGGACAGUUUGACCUGGUUUCCCAUGAGUGGACGGACGGGAUUGUGGCCAACACGUUCCGCGAGUUUGCCUUGGCUGACACACCAGAGCGCAAGUGGGUGGUUUUUGAUGGUCCCAUAGAUACACUGUGGAUUGAGAGUAUGAACACUGUGCUGGAUGACAACAAAAAGUUGUGCCUGAUGAGCGGUGAGAUAAUUCAGAUGUCCAGUCAGAUGAGUCUGAUUUUUGAAGCAAUGGAUCUAUCACAAGCUUCGCCUGCCACCGUCAGUCGAUGUGGCAUGAUCUACAUGGAACCAUCUCAGCUCGGCUGGAAGCCUUUGGUGACCUCCUGGAUGAGCACUCUUCCUGAUGCUCUGCAGACCCCGGAGUACCAGUCCCUGCUGCUGGAGCUCUUCCACUGGCUCCUUCCGCCUGCAAUCAAUAAGCUACGCAAGCAGUGCAGGGAGGUUGUCUCCACCAGCAACAGUAACACUGCGGUGUCCCUGUGUCGACUGUUUGAGAUGCUUCUAACUGAACCGGUGACGGCAAAUCCAGGAGAUAAAAACAUCCGCAUCUGGAUCAUGGCAGCUUUUGCAUUCUCGCUGGUGUGGUCUGUGGGGGGUGCUUGCGAUACAGACAGCAGAGAGAAGUUCAGUGAGUUCAUCAGGGAGACACUUUCUGGAGAAACAACCAAUCAUCCAAUCCCUGAAGCAGUUGGGAAAUGGGAGUGUCCAAUGGAUGAUAAAGGCCUGGUGUACGACUACUUUUAUGAGUUUAAAGGAAGAGGCAAAUGGCUUCACUGGAAUGAGACAAUUAAAAACAUCAAUCUGGGAGAUAAAAACACAAAGGUGCAAGAGAUCAUUGUUCCCACCAUAGACACCGUUCGCUACACUUACUUAAUGGACCUCUGCAUCAACUACGGAGUUCCGCCCCUGUUUGUUGGCCCAACUGGCACUGGGAAGUCUGUUUAUGUGAAGGAGAAACUGAUGAACAAUCUGGACAAAGACAGCUUUCUGCCCUUUUUUGUCAACUUUUCGGCCCGGACAAGUGCGAACCAAACCCAGAAUAUAAUCAUGUCCAGGUUAGAUAAGCGAAGAAAAGGGGUGUUUGGCCCUCCAUUGGGGAAAAAAUGUGUCAUCUUCGUAGAUGACAUGAACAUGCCUGCCCUGGAGCAGUUUGGAGCCCAGCCUCCUGUGGAGCUGCUACGGCAGUACAUGGACCACGGAAACUGGUACGACAUAAAGGAUACAUCCAAGAUCACUUUGGUUGACCUGCAGCUCAUCUGCGCAAUGGGGCCUCCCGGUGGUGGAAGAAAUGCAGUGACUUCUCGCUUCCUUCGGCAUUUCAACAUUUUUAGCAUAAAUCCCUUCAGCGACGACACCAUGGUUCGAAUUUUCUCCAACAUCGUGGCUUUCUAUCUCAAAAACAAUGCGUUCCCUCCUGAAUGUUUCACUGUUGGCAACAAGAUAGUGACAGCUACGAUGGAAGUGUACAAAAAAGCCAUGAUAAACCUCCUUCCUACUCCAGCCAAGUCUCACUACACUUUCAACCUUCGAGAUUUCUCUCGCGUCAUUCAAGGCUGCCUGCUGCUGAAGAAGGAGUCUCUGGAGAGCAAACACACCAUGGCGCGCCUGUUUGUCCAUGAGGUCUUCCGCGUCUACUACGACCGUCUGGUAGAUGACAAAGACAGAGCGUGGCUCUACAGUCUGAUGAGCAGCAUCCUCAAAGACCACUUCAAAGAGUCCUUUGAUCAGGUCUUUGAUCACCUGAAACAAGGCAGCAAACUGGUAGAAGAAGACAUGCGAAAUCUUCUGUUUGGUGACUACAUGAACCCCGAUCUGGAGGAUGAUGAGCGCCUGUAUGCUGAGGUGCCAUCAAUAGAGGCUUUUGCUGAGGUGGCGGAAGCUUGUCUCGAAGAAUACAACCAGAUGCACAAGAAUCGCAUGAACCUUGUCAUCUUCCGCUAUGUAUUAGAGCACUUGUCCCGCUUAAGCCGUGUGCUAAAGCAGCCUGGAGGCAACGCUCUGCUUGUGGGAGUCGGAGGCAGCGGCCGCCAGUCUGUCACCCGCCUGGCCACGUCGAUGGCACAUAUGACUCUGUUCCAGCCUGAGAUCUCUAAGAGUUACGGCAUGACAGAGUGGAGGGACGACCUCAAGAUGCUACUGAAGAAUGCUGGAGUUAAAGGUCAGAAGACGGUGUUCUUGUUAACCGAUGCCCAGAUCAAGGAUGAGGCCUUUCUGGAAGAUGUGGACAGUGUCCUGAACACAGGAGAGGUACCCAAUCUGUUUGCUGUAGAUGAGAAACAAGAAAUCAUGGAGACGAUACGUCCUAUUGCUCAGGCUGGUAACAAAAAUCUGGAGCUGAGCCCAUUGACCCUCUUUGCCUUUUUCAUUGCACGCUGCAGAGAGAACCUGCAUGUGAUUGUUGCCUUCAGUCCUAUUGGAAACGCCUUUCGAAAUCGGCUGCGGCAAUUUCCGUCUCUUAUUAACUGCUGCACUAUUGAUUGGUACCAGCCAUGGCCCGAAGAGGCUCUUGAGCGAGUAGCCAAUUGCUUCCUGGGUUCACUGGAAAUGAGUGAAAAUGAGAGGAAAGAGGUCAUACCCAUCUGCAAAACCUUUCACACCUCUGCCAAACAACUCUCACAAAGAUUCCUAGCUGAACUAGGGCGCUAUAAUUAUGUGACUCCCACAUCCUACCUGGAGCUGAUCGCUACCUUCUAUCAACUCCUGACUCAGCAGAGAAACAUGGUCAUGAAGGCAAAGCAGAGGUAUACAAAUGGUCUGGAUAAAUUAGCCUUUGCUGAAUCUCAGGUUGCUGAAAUGAAGAAGGAGUUAGAAGAUCUACAACCCAAACUUGAAAAGGCAACGAUAGAAAACACUGAAAUGAUUAAGAUUAUUCAAGAGGAAUCAGUUGAAGUAGAAGCCAAAAGUAAAGUUGUGCGAGUUGAUGAAGAGGCAGCAACUAUAAAAGCCAAUGAGGCUCAGGCUCUGAAAAACGAGUGUGAGAGCGAAUUGGCUGAAGCGGUCCCUGCUCUGGAAGCGGCUGUCGCUGCCCUGGACACAUUAAAGCCUGCUGAUGUCACUAUUGUGAAGUCGAUGAAAAAUCCCCCCUCAGGAGUGAAGCUGGUGAUGGCAGGCGUAUGUGUGAUGAAGGACUUGAAACCAGAUAAGAUAGCUGAUCCAGCUGGGACCGGAAAAAAGGUCCUUGACUACUGGGGUCCAAGCAAAAAACUACUGGGUGAUUUGAACUUUUUACGAGACCUCAAAGAGUAUGAUAAAGACAACAUUCCAGUCCCUGUGAUGCAGAAAAUCCGGAGUGAGUACAUGACUAAUCCUGACUUUGACCCCAGCAAAGUGGCUAAAGCCUCGUCUGCUGCAGAGGGCCUCUGCAAGUGGAUCAAAGCAAUAGAGGUUUAUGAUAGAGUGGCAAAGGUUGUGGCUCCAAAGAAGCAGAGUCUUGCAGAGGCAGAAGAAUCCUUGGCUGUCACCAAUGCCCUGCUAGACCGGAAGAGAGCUGAGUUAAAAGAGGUUGAGGACCGCGUAGCGACGCUUAAGCAGACCUCCGAAGAGAAGAGGGAGGAGAAGGCUCAGCUGGAAUUCCAAGCGGAUCUGUGCGCCAGGAAGCUGAAAAGGGCCGAACAACUCAUUGGAGGUCUUGGUGGAGAGAAGACCAGAUGGUCAAAAGCAGCAGAUGACCUGCAGAACACAUAUGACAACUUGACUGGAGAUGUCCUUAUUUCCGCUGGUGUCAUUGCCUACUUAGGGGCUUUUACAUCUGGCUUCAGACAGAACUGCACAAAGUUAUGGACCAGUCUCUGUCAAUCCAAGAAAAUUCCAUCAUCGGAUGACUUUUCUCUCAGCAAAACUCUGGGAGAUCCCAUUAAAAUCAGAGCGUGGAACAUCGCAGGUCUUCCCAGCGACUCUUUCUCUAUUGACAAUGGUGUCAUUGUCAGUAAUUCUCGCAGAUGGCCUUUGAUGAUUGACCCUCAGGGUCAAGCGAACAGGUGGGUGAAGAACUCAGAGAAGGACAAUAACCUUAGUGUGAUUAAGUUAACAGAUGGCGACUACAUAAGAACCUUAGAAAACUGCAUCCAGUUUGGAACACCCUUACUGCUGGAAAAUGUAGGAGAAGAGCUGGACCCUUCUCUAGAACCACUGCUGCUUAAACAAACCUUCAAACAAGGUGGUGUGGAUUGCAUUAGGCUUGGUGAGAGUGUGAUCGAGUACUCGGUGGAUUUCCGUUUCUACAUCACGACCAAGCUCAGGAACCCACACUACCUGCCAGAACUGGCAACCAAAGUGUCUCUCCUCAAUUUCAUGAUCACACCAGAGGGCUUGGAGGACCAGUUGCUGGGGAUUGUGGUUGCUAAGGAGAGGCCAGAACUGGAAGAGGAAAGAAAUGCAUUGAUCCUGCAGUCUGCUGAGAAUAAGAGGCAGCUAAAGGAAAUUGAAGAUAAAAUCCUCGAAACGCUGCAGUCUUCUAAGGGAAAUAUCCUGGAAGAUGAGAGUGCUAUUCAGAUUCUAGACUCUGCAAAGAUCAUGUCCAAUGAGAUAUCUAAGAAACAGCAAAUUGCUGAAAAAACAGAGAUCAAGAUUGCAGAGUCUAGAGAGGGUUACAGACCUAUUGCCAAGCACUCAUCUAUCCUGUUCUUCAGUAUUGCUGAUUUGACCAACAUAGACCCGAUGUAUCAGUACUCUCUCAGCUGGUUUGUGAAUCUCUACAUUAACUCCAUACAAGACAGUAACAAAUCCAAGAUUCUGGAAAGAAGACUUCAAUACUUAAUCGAUCACUUCACCUACAACCUGUACUGCAACAUCUGUCGGUCUCUCUUUGAGAAGGACAAGUUGCUCUUCUCCUUCCUCCUCUGCUGCAAUUUGCUCCUAGCAAAGGGGGAGAUAGAACUGUCAGAAUUCAUGUUCUUGCUGACUGGGGGAGUAGGUCUGCAGAACACUGUUCCUAACCCAGACCCCAGCUGGCUGCAGGACAAGAGCUGGGAUGAAAUCUGCAGAGCCAACGAACUACCUGGGUUACAAGGCAUAACAGACGCUUUCAUGAAGAGUUCAGGCGACUUUAAGCCUGUUUAUGACAGUAAGGAGCCUUGCAGUGUUCCUCUGCCUGCGCCUUGGUGUGACCGACUCAGUAACCUGCAGAAAAUGAUCAUUAUUCGAUGUCUCAGACCUGAUAAGAUGGUGCCAGCUAUGACUAAAUAUGUAUCUGGCAAUCUGGGGAAGAAAUUUGUCCAGCCUCCUCCUUUUGACUUGGGUAAGAGCUAUCUGGACUCCAACUCCACCAUCCCACUUGUGUUUGUGCUUUCUCCAGGAGCUGAUCCUAUGGCUAGCUUGUUAAAAUUUGCCAAUGACAAGAACAUGAGCGGCAACAAGUUCCAGUCUAUCUCUCUGGGUCAAGGCCAGGGACCUAUAGCUGCUAAAAUGAUAUCGACGGCCAUGCAGGAUGGAACAUGGGUGUGUUUGCAAAACUGUCACUUGGCUGUUUCGUGGAUGUCAAGCCUGGAAAAAAUCUGCGAGAACUUCAGCCCUGCAACAUGCCACCAAGACUUCCGCCUCUGGCUCACCAGUUACCCCUCAUCUAAGUUUCCAGUGACGAUCCUUCAGAAUGGGGUGAAAAUGACCAAUGAGCCCCCAACAGGACUUCGUCUAAAUCUCCUGCAGUCUUACCUGUCAGACCCUGUUUCCGACCCAAACUUCUUCAGUAACUGCCCCAAGAAGGAGCUGAUUUGGGAAAAGCUCCUGUACGGAUUGUGCUUCUUCCAUGCUCUUGUUCAGGAGAGGAAAAAGUUCGGCCCACUGGGUUGGAACAUUCCCUAUGGCUUCAAUGAGUCUGACCUCCGGAUAAGCAUCCGACAGCUGCAGCUGUUCAUAAAUGAAUAUGAGGAGGUGCCUUUGGAGGCCAUAACAUAUCUGACUGGAGAGUGUAACUACGGCGGCCGUGUGACAGACGACUGGGAUCGGCGGCUCCUGCUGACCAUCUUGGCUGAUUUCUACAACAAAGACAUUAUUGAGACGUUUCGCUACCCUUUUUCGCCCAGUGGAGAAUACUUUGCUCCACCCAAAUCUAGCUAUGACGAUUAUGUUCUGUUUAUUAAGAAUCUCCCAUACAGCCAACAACCCGAGGUGUUCGGGAUGCAUGAAAACGUAGACAUUUCCAAAGAUCUGCAGCAGACCAAACUGCUUUUUGAUUCACUGCUACUCACUCAGGGUGGAGGAGCAAAGGGAGGGGGCGGCUCCGGGAGUGACAACACCCUGUUUGACAUAGCUAAUGACAUCCUUACCCAGCUUCCGAAAAAUUUUGACACAGAAACAGCUCUCUUAAAGUUCCCAGUCCUUUAUGAAGAAAGUAUGAACACAGUCCUUGUUCAGGAGAUGGAGCGCUAUAACACGUUGUGCACCACUAUUCGUGUGAGUCUACAGAACCUGUUAAAAGCUAUUAAGGGCUUGGUGGUGAUGGAUUCAGAACUGGAGGCUGUUGCAGGCAGUUUGAUUGUCGGCAAAGUCCCUGAGAAAUGGGCAAAGCGCUCUUACCCAAGCCUGAAGCCGCUGGGCAGUUACGUCAAUGACUUUCUCUCUAGGCUUAAGUUUUUACAAGUUUGGUAUGAGACCCAAAAGCCCAUCGUGUUCUGGCUGUCUGGCUUCUUCUUCACCCAGGCCUUCCUAACCGGGGCAAUGCAGAACUACGCCAGGAAAUACCAUGUCCCCAUCGAUCUUUUAGGCUUUGAAUUUGAAGUUCUUCCGAUCGACUCGUCGGAGACAGCGCCUGAGGACGGUGUUUUCAUUAACGGAUUGUUCCUCGAUGGAGCUCGUUGGGACAGAGGAAGUGGAGUUCUGGCUGAGCAGCACCCAAAGGUACUGUUUGACUCCAUGCCCAUCAUCUGGAUAAAGCCUACUGAAAAGAGGAGCAUCGAUGGGGCUGGACAACUGUAUGUUUGCCCUCUCUAUAAGACCAGCGAGAGGAAGGGGACUCUCUCUACUACUGGACACUCCACCAAUUUUGUCAUUACAAUGACGUUGCCCACUAGCAAGCGCCCGCAGCACUGGAUUAAGCGCGGCGUGGCCAUGCUGUGCCAGCUUGAUGACUGAGACCAGAAUAUAUAUUGAUGGGGGCUCAGGCACCGCAUAAUAGUGUUUGGAAGUAUGAAAAUAAACAUAAUGCCUGCAUUUCACAAAUUGUCAAGUAUGUCUGUUUAUAGAUCGUGACAUGAUGUUUGAUCAUACUUUUUUUUUUCCAAGCAGUUAGUAUUACACAAAGUGGCAAAAUGUUUUCUCUAGCUUUAGUAUAAAAUGCUGACUAAUCGCAGUUUUCAGCCAUCAGGAAUGAUGGAGCUGGCAUAAAAAAAAAAUGCAAUAACGUUUGGCAAUAUCGUUCUUUAUCAAAUCAUAGAAACUUAUUGCCUGGUGAAUUUGAUCUCUGGCACACAUUGCACUUUUUUUUCUCUACGACUGCCGCGCAUAACAAUAUUCCUAGCUUCAUUAAAUACUUGAGUGAUGAAGCAUUCUGAAAUCGCAGACUUUUGAUUUCAUCUUUCGGUUAUUUCAGUGAAAUGGCACCAACUGCACCUCAGUAAAAUAAAGAAUGCCCUAACAGCACAUACAAUUAUCAUGAAACUACUUUCUGUAAUUAUAAACAUGUAUUAAAUAAGAAUUCCAGUCAAUGACUUUUAAUCGGGCUAAACUAGUUUUACUGGAAACAAGCUUGUAAAGCCUGCAGCCUGUCAGGGCAAAUAAUUACUGCCGUUUUACCGGCCUAUAUUUUGCUUCUUUUAUGAUCCCAUUGUGAGACGAUUAAGUCUGUUAGCUUACGUGUACCUCAACUAUGAAACCUCACAAGUCAUUAAUGUGCAACAAAGUAACAAAACGAAAAACUAUCUUCAUUUCAAAUGAAUCUAUAUUUUAAAAAGGAAAUUGAAAUGGCACCAUCCUUUUGUUUCUGUAAUGAAAGGCUGUUUUGUUGUAACUGAUGAAGAUAGCAGGUAAGUGUUUAAACAUCAUUUAAAGAUCUAUUUAAACUGUGCAGCUCUUUGCAGUGUUAAGUGGGUCAGAG